AUGCUUGUCUUCGAAGAUACACAUAUCAAAGAUUCCUAUAAUAAAUUACUUUUCGCUCUCUCUUCGUUCUGUUUUAUGUACAAUCAGACACGUAGUCAUGCUCAUCCGACACCCACAUAUGUGCCAACCUCCAUAGUAAACACACGACCGAAUAACGAAGCAUAUCAAGCAGCUAAACCACACACGAUUUCUGAGGCACUCCAAGUCAGCAUUGACUUACAUGAAAUGAAAUCGUGUCUUGCACAAGGUUUUCCGUUUGUAUUCGGUCUCCGUUUGUUCACAUCAUUUGAUAAAGCAGCUAAGACAGGUGCGGUACCGAUGCCGAGUGCAAGCGAUCGUAGUCGUCAAUCUGAUGGCAGUCAUGCGUUAGUUGCCGUCGGUUAUAGCGAUCAGUCGCAGUCGUUCAUUGUUCGAAAUUCUUGGGGGACAGACUGGGGCGAUCGUGGAUACUGUUAUAUACCAUACGAUUAUAUGACAGAUGCAGACCUUUGUUUUGAUGCGUGGACAAUUCGUAAAGUUCCUAACGACGAUUUCGGUCAAUCGCAUUGGGAUUACAAUGACGAGGUUGAUUAUCAAAAUAAUAAUAACAACUACGGCGACGACGACUAUAGUAAUGGAGAUAACGGUGCAAUUGAACAAUUCGAUGAAGAUGAUUUUGGAAUAAACUUUUUCGAUAACGCUGCACGUGGCUUUGAUGGCGAUUUGCGGAAUAGAGAUGACCCUUUUUAUUACGGCGACGGCGGAGGAAACAAUCAGCAGUGGGGCGGAGACGAUCGUUCUAAUUACAAUGAUGGUGGAACAUAUAAUCAACAAUGGAAUGGAAGUGAUCAGUUUACUUAUAAUGAUCGAGGAGACUAUGGUCAGCAAUGGAAUAGCGAUGAUCAAUCUGAAAAUCAUCAUAAACACGGUCACCAUCAUCACCAUCACAGACACUAA